UGCAGGGAGAUCAAGGAGAAGCCCAGAAUGGUGCCGGCUCUUGUAACGACUCCAACCCGCACCCUGGUCCUCCUGAACCCCGGUAUCAAAAUGCGCAGAACAUCCAGGAGGUAACUUAUGGAUACAAAGAGCCUGAAGAUGUAAGCUCUGCAUACAAGGCAAGAGAUCGUGUCAUUGGAAUAUUCAAUAGAGUGAAAGCUAGUAAACUCUGCUGGCUUCUUCUGGUUUUCGGACUCAAGAUGAUUGUGUUUAUUUCUAUCGCUGCAAUCCUGGUUCCCUACGUCCUACCUGGAAUGAAGGAGACUUAUGAGUCAACUGAUGACGCUGGCAUGGUGACCAGUGGAAAGCUAGAGGAUCCAACUACUCAAUGGCCGAUGACAGUCUUUGACUUCAUGGCAAACAGCUCAGAAAUUGGCACUUUGACCUCACCCUACUUGCCAUCGGGCUGGGAAACAGGUGAAUCGCCUACAGGGUCCACUGGAACUGCCGAGACUUCACCUUUCCCCGUAACAUCUCUGCAUAUUACGGUUACAGGUGGAAAAUGCCAGAGGGGAUGGAGUGAGUACAACAACCACUGCUACAAGUUAGUCGACGACAAAGUCAACUGGCUUGAGGCAAAUUCACGAUGUAAACGACUUGGUGCAAACCUUGCUUCAAUCCUGAACCAUGGCGAGACAUACUUCAUCAAAAGUCUCAGACCUAAAGCCGCUCGUGUGUGGAUUGGACUUCACAAAGUUGGGAAGCAGUGGAAGUGGUCGGAUGGGUCACUCCUACGCUACAAAAACUGGCGUCGAGGUGAACCGAACAACCUGAAGGGGAGAGAAAAAUGCGCCUUUGUGUACUUAAAGACAGUCAGACGUAACUAUAUUGGACCAAAGAAGAAAAGGGGACUAUGGAAUGAUUCCAACUGCUGCAUCAAGAUCUUCUUUCUUUGCAAGAUCCCCAAAAAGCAGUAAAUUAUUUUACAGUAACAGAUUUAAGA